UUCCCCAGAUAUUUAUUUAUUAUUCCAAAAGCAAUUCUAUUUUAUUUUUUGCAAAGGAAAGUCAUUUUAUUUGAUUAAUCAAAUAGUGUCCACUCUUGUCAUUUAUCUCCAAUCUCUCUCUCUCUCUCUCUCUCUCUCCUGUCCUCUUUUUUCUCUCUCUUCUGUUCUUCAUUUAAGUUCUUCUUCCCGGUUCCCUGCAUCUGCGCUGAAGAGGGAGUAGUGGCAACAGUGGGAUCAUGUCGACGAUUGGACUCGAUCCUCUUCUAUACCACUGUGGGAAAGGGAAACACAGAUUCCACCGGCGUCCUCAAUUCAAUACGCUCAAACCCUGUUCCUUCGGUUACUAUCCUAAUAAGCUCCUCUACCGUGGCCGAAGGAGUUUCUUCAAUUGCAAUUCUUAUAGACUUCCUGCUCUUAGAKCUAGCUCGACUAAUGCGGCUCUUCUUGAAAGUUUCCAAUCUACGGAUGUCCUACUGAAGGAGACGUUUCCUCUCAAGCGCACCGAAAAGGUGGAGGGAACGAUCUUUGUCCGAUUAGCGCAGGGGAAAAACCAGAAUCAAUGGGAGCUUACUGUGGGAUGUAACCUUACUGGGAAAUGGAUUCUUCACUGGGGCGUGUCCUUAAUCGACGAUAGUGGCAGCGAAUGGGAUCAACCUCCUAAAGAAAUGAUACCCCCGGGUUCAAUACCCAUCAAAGAUUAUGCAAUUGAAACACCAUUGAAAAAAUCAUCCUCAUCUUCUCUGGGAGAUACUGUUCAUGAAGUGAAGAUAGAUCUUGUUCCCAACAAAGGAAUUGCAGCUAUAAAUUUUGUUUUAAAGGAUGAAGAAACUGGAAUUUGGUAUCAGCACAAAGGGAGAGAUUUUAAGGUGCCUCUUACAGACUCCCAUGGUGAUGAUGGCAAUAUAGUUGGAACGAAAAAGGGCUUGGGUUUAUGGCCAGGGGCUUUGGGACAGCUAUCCAACCUACUUGUCAAAGCAGAGUCUUCUAAAGGUCAAGAAAGCAGUGGUGAAUCUGGAGAUACAAAGGAGAAAUAUUUGGAAGGAUUCUAUGAAGAACUGCCUAUUGUAAAAGAAGUAGCUUUUGAUAACUCGGUCAGUGUUUCAGUUAGAAAUUGUCCUGAAACAACCAAAUAUCUUUUGUAUUUGGAAACUGACCUACCUGGAGAUGUAAUUGUUCAUUGGGGAGCUUCAAGAGAUGAGACUAGGAAAUGGGAGAUUCCAGCUGCUCCUCAUCCUCCGGAAACAACAGUAUUCAAGAACAAGGCCUUGCGUACUCUACUGCAGCUGAAAGAAGGGGGGAAGGGAUCUUGUGGAAUUUUUACCAUAGAAGAAGAGUUUGAUGGAUUUCUUUUUGUUCUCAAGCAGAACGAGAACCCUUGGUUAAACUACAAGGGAGAUGACUUCUACAUCCCUUUCCCAAGUUCAGGUCAUUUGCCUGGUCAAAAGAGACAGAAUGAAUUUGAAGAUGCAGGAGUAUCUAGAAAAGCUGGAGAUGGAUAUGAAGAAGUUUCUGUUACUGCUUAUACUGAUGGAAUUAUCAAGGAAAUUAGAAAUUUUGUUACUGACAUUUCUUCUCAGAGGACUCAAAAGAAAAAAACCAUAGAAGCACAAGAAAGCAUUCUUCAGGAAAUUGAAAAAUUGGCUGCUGAAGCCUAUAGUAUCUUCAGAAGUGCUUCUCCAACUUUUACAGAGGAAAUAAUUGAGAUGCCUAAACCUGUAGAGCCACCCGUGCAAAUUUCCUCUGGCACAGGUUCAGGUUUUGAAAUAUUGUGCCAAGGAUUUAAUUGGGAAUCUCACAAGUCUGGAAGAUGGUACAUGGAACUUAAAGAGAAAGCUGCAGAAUUAUCCUCCCUUGGUUUCACUGUGAUAUGGUUGCCACCUCCAACUGAAUCUGUGUCACCAGAGGGAUACAUGCCAAAGGACUUGUAUAAUUUAAGUUCCAGAUAUGGUAACAUUGAUGAGCUGAAGGAUGUUGUGAAAACAUUCCAUGAUGUUGGGAUAAAGGUUCUUGGUGAUGUUGUCUUAAAUCAUCGUUGUGCACAUUUUAAAAAUCAAAAUGGUAUUUGGAAUAUAUUUGGUGGUCGCUUAAAUUGGGAUGACCGUGCAGUAGUUUCAGACGAUCCACAUUUUCAGGGUAGAGGCAACAAAAGUAGCGGAGAUAACUUCCAUGCAGCACCCAACAUUGAUCAUUCACAAGAUUUUGUGAGAAAUGAUAUUAAAGAAUGGCUACGCUGGUUAAGAAAAGAAAUUGGGUAUGAUGGGUGGAGGCUUGAUUUUGUCAGAGGAUUCUGGGGUGGUUAUGUGAAGGAUUACUUGGAUGCAAGUGAACCUUACUUUGCUGUAGGUGAAUACUGGGAUUCCCUGAGCUAUACGUAUGGUGAGAUGGAUCAUGAUCAAGAUGCUCAUAGACAGAGAAUUGUUGACUGGAUAAAUGCUACUAAUGGAACUGCUGGGGCAUUUGAUGUUACUACCAAAGGGAUUCUUCAUUCUGCACUUGAUAGAUGCGAAUACUGGCGAUUAUCAGAUCAGAAGGGAAAGCCUCCUGGAGUUGUUGGAUGGUGGCCCUCUCGUGCUGUUACGUUUAUAGAGAAUCACGACACUGGAUCUACACAGGGUCAUUGGAGAUUUCCCGGUGGAAAAGAAAUGCAAGGAUAUGCUUACACUCUGACUCAUCCAGGAACACCAUCAGUAUUCUUUGACCACAUUUUCUCCCACUACAAAUCUGACAUUGCUGCACUUAUUUCUCUCAGAAAACGAAAUAAAGUCAACUGCCGGAGUGUAGUUAAAAUUGAGAAGGCAGAAAGGGAUGUCUAUGCAGCCACCAUUGAUGAAAAAGUUGCAAUGAAGAUUGGACCGGGCUAUUACGAACCUCCUAGCAGAUCCAACGGAUGGUCGUUAGUUAUCGAGGGAAACGACUACAAGGUCUGGGAAGUAUCCAAGUAAAAUCCUGAUGAAUCACGAAAUUCAGACAAUGAAAAAUCACUUCCUUGUUGGAUGAACCUCAUAUAAAUUGUGACAGAAGGCUGAAGAUAAUGCUGCUAUUGGAUCGUGGAUAGAAGAUUUAUACAGUUUUAUAUGUAUUAUACAUAUUCAUUGGCUCUAAAAGAAGCAUUCAUUGAGGACAAUGUUAAUGUUGUUGUAAAGUUUCACCCAUUGGUGGCCAUGUAUAAAUUUACCUGCAGGUUAAUAAAGGUUAAUAAUAUACAAUGAAAUGUCGGGUGAUGCAAUUGUACCCACCCUUUUUCCCCC